CUGCUAUCUGAGGAACUUCCAACUUCCAAGAUUCGUCCACACGCCAGGAUUUCAUUUUGAGAACAGACCAAAUUUGUGCGAGUCCAAAAAGGAGCAGGAUUCAGGAAACUCGGGCGGGGCGGUGAAAAGACCGCCAAGAGGCGUGCAAGGAGAGGUUCCUCCACCCUGGACGCUCUGCUCCUCUUAUCGACUGUACCGUAAAACCCUGUGACGUCCCGCUCUCCUCUCCACCGUUAUUCUUUCCUCCAUCGCUAGGGUUUGAUUUCGAGCUCGCAUCGGUGCUUCCAUUCGAGGAAAACGUAGGGCCUUCUCCGGCUAUGGACGCCCAGAGAGCUCUUCUCGAUGAACUCAUGGGGGCAGCUCGAAAUCUCACGGAGGAGGAGAAGAAAGGGUACAAGGAGAUCCGCUGGGAUGAUAGGGAGGUAUGUGGUUCAUUCAUGGUUCGAUUCUGCCCGUACGAUCUUUUUGUCAACACGAAGAGCGAUCUUGGACCUUGCCCUAAAAUCCAUGAUCUGAAGCUCAAAGAGAGUUUUGAGAAGUCUCCUAGACAUGAUUCCUAUGUCCCCAAGUUUGAAGCAGAGCUUGCGCAACUUUGUGAGAAACUGGUGAUGGACUUGGACAGGAAAGUCAAGCGUGGUCGUGAGCGGCUAGCCCAGGAGGUAGAAGUACCUCCUCCUCCUCCUCCUCCAAUCUCGGCUGAGAAAUUUGAGCAGCUCUCGGUGCUAGAAGAGAAAAUAAAGAAACUAUUAGAGCAAGUUGAGAUGCUUGGUGAAUCUGGCAAGGUUGAUGAAGCUGAGGCACUAAUGAGAAAGGUGGAUAUGUUGAAUGCCGAAAAGACAGCCUUGACCCAACAAUCAUCUAAUGACAAAGUGAUGAUGCUUCCACAAGAGAAGAAGAUGGCACUUUGUGAGAUUUGCGGCUCAUUUUUGGUAGCAAAUGAUGCUGUUGAGAGGACCCAGUCUCACGUAACUGGGAAGCAGCAUGUUGGUUAUGGGAUGGCGAGAGAUUUUCUCGUUGAGUUCAAGGCUGCACAGGAUAAGACGAGAGAAGAGGAGAGACUAUCAAGGGAGAAGGAAGCAGAGGAAAGAAGAAAAAGGAGGGAGGAAUAUGAGUAUAGGGUUAGGGGGAGUGGUAGAGAGAGGUAUGCAGAGCGGGAUCAUGACCGUGAUCGGUACCGAGACCGGAAUUUUGAAAGAGAAAGAUCCUGUGAUCGGAGUAAAAGAGGGAGCAGGGGUGGAGGGAGAGGAUCAGAUUGGAGGCAUGACCGCUAUAGAAAUGAAAGGGAGUGGGACAGGGAUAGGUAUCGGCACAGAAAUGGGGAUAUACCACAGGAUAGCACACGUGGAAGGAGCAGAUCACAUUCUCCUGUCAGGCAUGGGUAUAAGAGGUCAUCAAGAAGCCCAGUUCGACCAUAUUAACUAGUGGUGUGGAUAACCUUUUCCAAGUUCUAAAACUGGAGGUAGAUUAUUUUCUCUCUUUCUUCUUAGAUGCACUUCAAGUGCUUACGUUAAAUACCAUCAUGGUUGCAACUCUGCUGAUAUUCUAACAGCUCUGUUGAAAUCAUACCAUCUUCCUGUUAAGGGAAAACAUUUGAGGUUGGUACAAUUAUCUUCCAUCCUUUUCUUAUAAAAUAGGGUUUUGAGUUGUGCUA